AUGGGAAAAGAAAAAAAAAAACGUUUUACAGAACAGAAAAAAGAGCGACACAAUCCUCUUUCUGUUCAGUUAACCGAGGAUGAUAAUACAGUCAAUAAGAAGCAUACAAGAACAAAAUUUAAUGAACGUAACUUACGAAACGAUAAAGAGGAUGAAUUUGUUGAUCCAAGUCUUUCACGAAAAAUCCUUGAAAUUGCUAAAGAGCAACAGGAAGAACUUGAGGCAGAAAAUCAAGAAUAUGAAGAAAAAAUGAAAAAAAUGAAAAAAAAAUCGAAAAGUCGAAAUGUAACAUUUUCCUCUAUAAUCAACGAUGAUGAUGAAAGUGAUCAAGAUUAUUCUGCCUCAGGUGAUGAGAAUGAAUACGAUUAUGAAGAAUUAGUUCAGGAUCAAGAAGUUCUCAAUAAAUUUUUACCGAGUACUCAAAAGAAGAAGAAGACACUUGCAGAUAUUAUUAUGAAAAAGAUUGAAUCACAGAAUUUAGACAAAUCAACAUCAACAGAAAAACUUGAAUCGCCAAUAAUGAAUCCAAAAAUUGUUGAAGUCUAUUCAAAAGUGGGAUUAUUAUUAAGUCGAUAUAAGUCAGGAAAACUUCCUAAAGCAUUUAAAAUUAUUCCCACGUUACCUAAUUGGGAAGAAAUAUUAUAUUACACGCGUCCGGAUAAAUGGACGCCGAAUGCAACUUUUCAAGCGACACGUAUUUUUGUUUCAAAUUUCAAGAAUAAACAAGUUCAAAGAUUCUUUGAUUUAGUUUUAUAUGAAAAAGUUCGAGAAGACAUACAAGAAAAUAAAAAACUUAAUUAUCAUCUUUACAUGGCACUUAAGAAAGCAUUAUUUAAACCCGCGGCAUUUUUCAAAGGAAUUUUAUUUCCCUUAUCUAUUGUUGGUAGCGUUAUUUCAAAAGUAAGCAUUCCGAUGCUUCACUCAUCAGCAGCAUUAUUAUUUCUCGCUGAAAUGGAUUACACGGGACCCAAUAGUUUAUUUAUUCGUAUAUUACUCGAUAAAAAAUAUGCAUUACCAUAUAAAGUAGUGGACGCAUUGGUUUUUCACUUUCUUCGAUUUAAAAAUGAUGAAAGAGUCAUGCCGGUAUUAUGGCAUCAAUCAUUUUUGGUAUUUGCACAAAGAUAUAAACAAGAUUUAACACCAGAACAAAAGGAAGUUCUUUUUGAAGUACUUAAGGCUAAAACACAUGAACUUAUUACACCUGAAAUUCGUCGUGAAUUGAUUCAUUCGGUUGCUCGUGGAGAGAUCAUAACAGAUAUGGAUAUGGAUAUACAAUAUUAA